AUGGAGGAGAGAGCAGUGCUUGGAGGAGAACACCAAACGGAGAAGGAAGAUAUGGGGGAAGAGAAGGAGGAAGACCUAGAGGAAGUAUUUGGUUCUUAUUCCUUCUCUGCUGGACAACUGGCCCCUGCAAAGGCCUCUGGGGUGGGAAUGCCAGAACCAGGGUUCCAGAGUGGGGCUAUGGGGCCACCAUCCCUCUCUUCAGCAAAUGGCUGUGUAACCAGGAAUUUCUCUUUUCCUGGCAGAUUAACACCUUUUGUGGGACAAUGGAGGAGUGAGCAGCACUUGGAGGAGAAGAACAAACGGAGGAGAAGGAAGGGAAGGAGGAGGAGGAAGAACAGAAUCAUGAGGAGGAGGAGGAGGCCACCAUCGCUCCCUUCGAUUAGCAUCUUUUGUGGGAUAACGGAGGAGAGAGCAGCACUUGGAGUAGAAGAACAAACGGAGGAGAAGGAAGGGAAGGAGGAGGAGGAACAUCAGAAAGAGGAGGAGAAGGAAGGGAAGGAGGAAGAUAAACAACAGGAGGAGGAGGCCACCAUCGCUCCCUUCGAAACCACCAUCCAGCAGGGAUCGGAUGUGCGGGGAGGAAGAAGUGGCCGAAAGGAAGGCAGGAGAAAAGAAAGAAGACAAGAGAUAAUGAGAAAGCCACACAAACAGAAGAAAACAGGAGCCAGACCCAAUUUGGAAACAGGAGGCAGAACCGCUGCUCUAUAGCAUGGCACACACAUUUGGACCUUGGAGCAGAACUGGGCCACCAGUAGGAUGACCAGUUUUCUCAACCUUCCUAAUGCAGCAACCCCUUAAUACAGUUCCUCAUGUUGUGGUGAUCCCAAACCAUAAAAUUUUUGUUGUUGCUACUUCAUAACUGUCAUUUUGCUACUGUUAUAAAUCGUAAUGUCAA